AUGGGGACAAGGGUGCUGGGUGCCCUGCGGCUGGGGGUGACGCUGCUGGUCCUCGGUCCCCUCCCGCUGCCCCCCGUGAGAGCCCCCUCUGAAAUCUGCGGCAGCAUGGACAUCCGCAACGACGUCUCCCAGCUCCAGAAGCUGGAGAACUGCUCCAUCAUCGAGGGCAACCUGCAGAUCCUGCUGAUGUUCACCACGGGUGCCGAAGACUUUCGGGGGCUCAGCUUCCCUCGCCUGCUCAUGAUCACCGAGUACCUGCUCCUAUUCCGCGUCUACGGGCUGGAGAGCCUGCGGGAUCUCUUCCCCAACCUCUCCGUCAUCCGCGGCACCAACCUCUUCUUCAGCUACGCCUUGGUCAUCUUCGAGAUGCCGCAUCUGCGGGACGUGGGGCUGCACAGCCUGGGCCACGUCCUGCGCGGCUCGGUCCGCAUCGAACGCAACCAGGAGCUCUGUCACCUCUCCACCAUCGACUGGGGGCUGCUGCUGCCCGACGCCGUGGACAACACCUACAUCGUCGGCAAUAAGUUGGCCGAAGAGUGCGCCGACGUCUGCCCGGGCAUCCUGGACGUGGAGAAACCGUGUGCCCAAACCAACGUCAACGGGCAGCUGGAUUAUCGCUGCUGGACAUCCAGCUACUGCCAGAAAGUGUGCCCGUGCGGCGCGGGCUCGGCGUGCACGGCGGCGGGCGAGUGCUGCCACGCCGAGUGCUUGGGGGGCUGCGGGCGACCCCGCGACAACCGAGCCUGCGUCGCCUGCCGCCACUUCCACUUCAACGGGCACUGCCUGCCCUCCUGCCCCCCCCGCACCUACGAGUACGAGGGCUGGCGCUGCGUCACCCCCGAAUACUGCGCCAGCCUCCGCAAGGUCUCCGACAACCCCCGCGACGCCUCCAAGUUCGUCAUCCACCAGCGGCAGUGCCUCUCCGAGUGCCCUUCGGGCUACACCAGGAAUGAAAGCAGCAUCUUCUGCCACAAGUGCGAGGGGCUGUGCCCCAAGGAGUGCAAGGUGGGCACCAAGACCAUCGAUUCGACGCGGGCGGCGCAGGAGUUGGGGGGCUGCACCCUCGUCGAGGGGAACCUCAUCGUGAACAUCCGCCGGGGCUAUAACCUGGCCUCGGAGCUGCAGAGCAGCCUGGGGCUCAUCGAGACCAUCACGGGCUUCCUGAAGAUCAAGCACUCCUUCGCCCUCGUCUCCUUGUCCUUCUUCAAAAACCUCAAGCUGAUCCGUGGGGACUCCAUGGUGGAUGGGAAUUACACCCUGUACGUCCUGGACAACCAGAACCUGCAGCAGCUCUGGGACUGGAGCCACCACGUCCUCUCCAUCCCCGUGGGCAAGAUGUAUUUCGCCUUCAACCCCAAGCUGUGCCUGGCUGAGAUUUACCGCAUGGAGGAGGUGACGGGCACCAAGGGGAGGCAGAACAAGGCCGAAAUCAACCCCCGCACCAACGGGGACCGGGCGUCCUGCAAGACCCAGACCCUGCGCUUCAUCUCCAACGUCACCGAGUCCGACCGCAUCUUCCUCAAGUGGGAGCGGUACCGGCCCCCCGAGUACCGGGACCUCCUCAGCUUCAUCGUCUACUACAAGGAGUCACCCUUCCAGAACGUGUCGGAGUACGUGGGGCAGGACGCCUGCGGGGCGCAGAGCUGGAACGUGCUGGACGUGGAGCUGCCGCUCAGCAGCGAGCAGGCGCCGGGGGUGACCCUGCUCAACCUCCGCCCCUGGACCCAAUACGCCAUCUUCGUCCGCGCCAUCACCCUCACCACCGCCGAGGAAGGACGCAACUACGGGGCGCAGAGCGAGGUGGUCUACAUCCGCACCAUGCCGGCGGCCCCAACGGUGCCCCGGGAUGUCAUCUCCAUGUCCAACUCCUCCUCCCACAUCGUGGUGCGUUGGAAGCCGCCCACGCAGCGCAACGGCAACAUCACCUACUACCUGGUGCUGUGGCAGCAGCUGGCCGAGGACAUGGAGCUCUACGUCAACGACUACUGCCACAAAGGUCUGAAGUUGCCCACCAGCAGCGCGGACACCCGCUUCGGGGACGGGGAUGGCCCCGAGGUGGAGCAGGACGCGGAGGAGCGGUGCUGCCCUUGCCGCCCCGCCGACGGGCAGCUCCGCAUGGAGGGCGAAGCCGAGUCCUUCCAGAAGAAGUUUGAGAACUUCCUCCACAACUCCAUCAUCAUCCCCAGGCCCCCCUGGAAGGUGACAUCCAUCAACAAGAACCCGCAGAGGACCCCCAAGCGGCGCAGGGAUGUGGUGGCCGUCACAUCCCCGGCCAACGCCUCUUCGGCGGAGCCGCCGGCCCCGAGCCGCGCCGGGGGCGAACCCAAACCCGACUUCCAGAUCUUCGAGGACAAGGUGGUGCGUGACCGGGCGGUGCUGUCGCGGCUCCGGCACUUCACCGAGUACCGCAUCGACAUCCACGCCUGCAACCACGCCGCGCACACCGUGGGCUGCAGUGCCGCCACCUUCGUCUUCGCCAGGACCAUGCCGGAGCUGCAAGCUGACAACAUUCCCGGCAAUGUCACCUGGGAGCCGGCCGGCAAGAACAGCAUCCUGCUGCGCUGGGAGGAGCCCAGGAACCCCAACGGGCUCAUCCUCAAGUACGAGAUCAAGUACAGCCGCGAGAGCGAGGAGGUCACCACCGUCGUCUGCGUCUCCCGUCACCGCUACUCCAAGUACGGGGGGGUCCACCUGGCUCUGCUCCAGCCGGGGAACUACUCGGCCAAAGUCCGGGCCACCUCGCUGGCCGGCAACGGCUCGUGGACGGGGCUCAUCAAGUUUUACAUCCUGGGGCCAGCUGAGGAAGAGUCCGGCAGCUUCUACGUCCUGCUCACCGUCACACCCGUGGUCCUCAUGGUGCUCAUCUCCUGCCUCGCUGUCUUCGUCUUCUUCUACAACAAGAAGAGGAGCAAUGACGGGUACCCCAGCGGGACCCUCUACGCCUCCGUCAACCCCGAGUACUUCAGCGCCUCAGACAUGUACAUGCCCGAUGAGUGGGAGGUGUCGCGGGAGAAGAUCACGGUGAUCCGGGAGCUGGGGCAGGGCUCCUUCGGGAUGGUGUACGAGGGGCUGGCGCUGGGGCUGGCCGCUGAGGGCGAGGAGACCAAGGUGGCCUUGAAGACGGUCAAUGAGUUGGCCACCAUGCGGGAACGCAUCGAGUUCCUCAACGAGGCCUCCGUCAUGAAAGCCUUCAAGUGCCACCACGUGGUCCGUCUGCUCGGCGUCGUGUCCCAGGGUCAGCCAGCUUUGGUCAUCAUGGAGCUGAUGACACGCGGGGACCUGAAGAGCUACCUGCGCUCGCUGAGGCCUGACGCCGAGAACAACCCCGGGCUGCCGCCGCCGUCGCUCAAGGACAUGAUCCAGAUGGCGGGGGAGAUCGCCGACGGCAUGGCGUACCUCAACGCCAACAAGUUCGUGCACCGGGACCUGGCCGCCCGCAACUGCAUGGUCUCCGAGGAUUUCACCGUCAAGAUCGGAGAUUUCGGAAUGACCCGGGAUAUCUACGAGACGGAUUAUUAUCGGAAAGGCGGCAAGGGGCUGCUCCCCGUUCGCUGGAUGUCCCCCGAGGCCCUCAAGGACGGCAUCUUCAACACGCAGUCCGACGUCUGGUCCUUCGGUGUGGUGCUGUGGGAGAUCGCCACGCUGGCUGAGCAGCCCUACCAGGGCAUGUCCAACGAGCAGGUCCUGCGCUUCGUCAUGGACAACGGCGUCCUGGAGCGGCCCGAAAACUGCCCCGACAAACUCCACGAGCUGAUGUGCCUGUGCUGGCAGCAGAACCCGCGCCAGCGUCCCUCCUUCGUCCAGCUCCUGGAGAGCAUCAAGGACCACAUGGCGCCCGCUUUCCGCACCCUCUCCUUCUUCUACAGCCCCGAGAACCGCCGGCGCGGCUCGGGAGAGCCCUCCGACGCCGAGACGGAGCAGCCCCCCGGGGAGGGGGACGAGCCCCCCGCGUCCCCCCUGCCCGCCCGCAAGGACCGCAGCCCCGGCCGGCUCCCCAACGGGACAGCCUGACUCUGACCCCGGGGUUGUCCUCGGAUCCGCGCCGGACUCUGCACCCCCACCCCCCCCUCCCUCCUCUGGCUGCCCCCCCCACCGCCGGGACCCGCCCCCCCCCCCCCCCCUCCAUGUUAUUUAUUGCUUCCAAGGGCCUGGCCGAGGAGUGGGCGCCUUGGGAAGGGGGUGGCAGGCAAAGCAAGGAUGCUCCAUAGGGUGCAUCUCCCCUGGGAAUAAAUUGGGGUGCCCCAAAUCGGGGGGAGGGAGUGGGAGGGCUGCUGGUUGGGAGAAGACCACGCUGGUAUUUCCUUAUGUUGUUUUUUUUUUUGGAGGGGGGGGAAAUGGGUUUCUGGGGGUGGGGAGUGGGGUUCGGGGUCUCCCCACCAACCUGCCUCCUCCGCUGCCCCCCAGCUGCCCGGCAAACAGGUCAGUAGUGUGACACCCCCCCCCCACCCCCCCCACCUACUUUUACAGGUGGGGAAACUGAGGCACGGGGCAGCUCUGCAGCGGGGAGACACCUGGGGCUGCCUUCACACUUCCCCCCAGUCCCUGGCACUGGGACCAGCGUUGGGGCUGUGCUGGUCCACAGAAGGGGCUUCACUGUCUAAUCCAUGGCCGUGGGACGCGCAUGAAUAAAGGGGGACGAAGCUCGGC